AUGCAGUCUCCUGGAAAAUCUCUGAAAGAAGCUCUGGUCUGUGCUCAGAACGAGGAGCGACUCACUGUUGGAGUCUACGAGAGCGCUAAAAUCAUGACUGAUGACCCGGACAGCGUGUCUUUCUGCGUCCUGGCCGUGGAUGAGGAGUUUGAGUGUGACAUCGCUCUGCAGAUCCACUUCACCCUCAUCCAGUCCUUCUGCUUCGACAACGACAUCAGCAUCGUCAGAGUGAGCGACAUGCAGCGUCUGGCCGAGAUCGUUGGCGACAAGGCGGGCCAGCUCGAAGACGCCCACUGCGUCCUCAUCACGAACCCAGCUGAAGGUUCCUGGGAGGACCCUGCUCUGGAGAAGCUGCACCUGUUCUGUGAGGAGAGCCGCCGCCUGAACGACUGGGUUCCUGAGAUCAGCCUGCCCGGGCGUUGAUCUGGGACUCGGCUCCUCUCUUUGCUCAGUUGCUGUAAAGCAUCUUAUCUGGAAAUACUCAUCCUUCUGAACAGGAUGACCCUGUUUCUUCUCAUCCCUGGAUACUCCUGAGGAGGAUUCCCGUCCAGGCAGCGCGGCGCCGGCCCGAGGGGCCCCCCGCGAACCGUCGCCUCUUGUCCCGUCCAUGCCAAGAUGACUCUCAUUCUUUAUGUGAAUGAGGUCAGGUAUGCCACAAGAGCGACACAUCGACCCUCAUUCUUUGUGCGGAUGAGGUUUGGAGAGGAAGGAGAAGCGAAUUCUGCGUCCUGUGGUCCCACAGAGCAAAUGUCGCACCUUGAAGCACGCGCAGCAGGAGAAGAAGCGGUGCUGAGAAAGAGGCGUUCUUAAAAAGGGACUUUUUAUAGACGUCCUCUUCGCUGAGCAGCAUGACAACAGCUGCAGUCAGCGCGAAUGUUUCCCACUUUCCAGAAUUGUCUUAAUUCUCUAAAGGUUUCACUUUAGAAAUUUAAUGAUGACAAAA